AUGGCUGACGAUUUAGUUUUCCUCUCCGAUCUCCAGGCCGGUCACUCAUCCUCCACCGUCGAAGUCCGCUUGCUCCGCUCUUGGGAUGCUAGAACCCUACGCCGUGGUGGAGAACGAAUGAGCGUCGAGAUGCUCUUGCUUGACUCUCAGGCGACCAUGAUGCCGGCUUCUGUGAACGUUAACCGUCUCGCAACGCACCAGACUAAUCUUGAAGCGGGUACGGUUUACUCCCUGACCGGUUUUGAAGUAACAAGGUGUAACCAGGAUUACCGCCUCUCGGACUCUUCUCUACUAAUCCGGUUUACUGACUCCACCACUUUCGAGAAGAUCACUGACCCGGCUGUUCCGAUACCUCUUGAAUCAUUCCGGUUCCGUAACUACAGUGAGAUGCUUCGUCUUGCUAACUCCAACAACCAACUUCCAGAUCUUAUUGGUAAGAUAACUGCUGUCAAGAGUACGAUCACUGAACCUCCUCUGGACAAGAACCGUGUUAGUGCAACCAUCAAGAUGGACAAUGACACAUCUGUGACUUUAACACUCUUUGACGCUCAAGCUGUGAAGAUCCAUAACCAGCUCGCUCAGAUGGCGGUAGAUCCACGAAUUUGCGUUGCAACCAGUGUGAAUCCGAGAAUGGUGGGAGGUAAGCAACCAGUUUAA